GAGAGAGAGGAGCUCAACACAGAAGCUGCUGCUGCUGCAACAGGGGGGUGUGGGGGCGACGUGUAUUAUCUGCGCUGCACGUGAUGUUUCCCACGGGCGCGCUCCUCACUUGGAGUCUCCUGACUGUCGCCGUGAUCCCCGCGUCUUUGGGGGAAAUGUACACGUCGCUGCUGAACGUGAAGCAGGCGAUCAGCGUCGAACGGAAGCUGAUCGAUUACUUGAGGACGUACAUUGACCACGAGUCGCAGCGACUGGAUGACAUCAAGCGUUUUUACGCCAAGGUUUCAGACCUGCACACUGAAGUUUAUAGAGGCCCAGCGACUGCGAUGGCAAACCCCCUGGUGGCAUUCACCCUGAUCAAGAGGAUGCAUUCAGAGUGGCUGAAUGUAGUGUACAGCAACGAAGCCCAGGAGAACGCACAAGCACUCAGGUCCGGUUACGAGGAGGAGGAGGGCGAUCUGCCCAAACUGGAAGACCUCCAGGGAGCCGCCAAGGGGCUGAUGAGGCUGCAGGAUGUGUAUGCCCUCCAGGUUGCGAGUCUCGCAAGAGGUCGUUUCCAGAGAGUCACUAAUGGCAACUUUAUCGAUGUCUACCUGCCGGCAGUCUCGGUCCCACUGUCUGGUGAUGACUGCUUUCUGGUUGGAAAGGUGGCGUACGAGCAGGAGGACUACUACCACUCAGUGCAGUGGUUGGAGGAGUCGGUGCGUCUCUUCAGGGGAACAGGAGGCGGAUGGAGCCCAGAGAAUGAAGGGACUUUGGAGGACGCUCUGGAUCACCUGGCCUUCUCUCAUUUUAAAACAGGAAACGUCUCCCACGCUCUCAGUUUAUCUCAGGAACUACUGCAUUAUGAUCCGUUGAAUGGAAGGGUUUUGCAGAAUGUUGAGAAAUACGAGAAAUUGCUGGUUUCAAGUCCACCCGAAUCAAUCAGAGAUGAGCUGACGAGACCGACCUCCACUCAUUUGAGGACCAGAGACACGUAUGAGAUGCUCUGCCGGACACAAGGCUCUCAGCAGCCGCUGCAGUUUGAAAACCCAAGACUCUUCUGUGAUUACUUCACCAACGGGAAUCCUCAGCUGCUACUUCUGCCCGCAAGACGGGAAGUGCUGAGCCUGCAGCCGUAUGUGGUUCUGUACCACAACUUCAUCACUGACAAAGAGGCAGAGGACAUCAAGAGGACCUCCCAUCCCGGAUUGAAACGAUCUGUGGUGGCAGCUGGAGAGAAACAAGCAACCGCAGAGUAUCGCAUCAGCAAGAGCGCAUGGCUGAAGGGCUCAUCCCACUCCACUGUUGGGAAGCUAGACAACAAGAUCUCCAUGCUCACAGGUUUGAAUGUGAAGCAUCCAUAUGGCGAGCACCUCCAAGUGGUGAAUUAUGGGAUCGGGGGCCAUUAUGAGCCUCACUUUGAUCAUGCUACAUCGCCUUCAAGUCCCGUCUUCAAGCUCAAAACUGGGAAUCGAGUGGCAACCUUUAUGAUAUAUCUCAGCUCUGUCGAAGCAGGUGGGUCCACAGCCUUCAUCUACGCCAACUUCAGCGUCCCCGUUGUGGAGAAUGCUGCCAUUUUCUGGUGGAAUCUCCAUAGAAACGGUCAAGGAGAUGCAGACACGCUGCAUGCCGGCUGUCCUGUGCUCAUUGGGGACAAAUGGGUGGCAAACAAAUGGAUCCACGAGCACGGCCAAGAGUUCCAACACGGCUGCAGCCUGAAUCCUGAAGAGUGAGAGCUGGAGUGAUUGUUGGGCCCCUGGGAGUGAAAGAACCAUCCUCUACAAUUAAGAGGUGCGCUUGAAGGCAGAGGGGAGGCGAGAGUGAGCACACAGGGACGGAAGGUGAACGCCGUCGUGGGACAGCCUGCAUCUGUUAUUGGAAGCCGGGGCCCAGGCAUCCUGGAGCGCACAGUGCUGCCGUCCACUUGGACAGCAAAAGACUGAGAGGCGGGGUAGAAGAGGCCUGGGGCAGUUUCCAAUCCGCCGCCAGAAGCCAAAUGCUCUCUUGCUCCUACUGGCCAGUUCUUGGAGCAAAGCUUACGCACACUAUGCUGGUUUCAGUUAACUGUGUUUGGCAAGGCUGUUUGCUUAAAAACUGAUCCGUAAUUACAAAUCAGCUGUACUCCACUACACAGCUAUUUUGAAUGUGUAAAUGCAGAUGUGCCUAAAUGAAAGGGAGAUGUGUAUAGAAUGAAACACAAGGCGUUGUUCAUUUUCUACCUUAUGCAAUGGAAAUCUAUCAAGAAUAAAGUAGUGUUUUAAUAUUCAAGUUGUUUA